AUGGAUGCACUAUAUCCACGGAACGUAACAGAUGUUGUGGAAAUACUUGCUGCGACCGGUUCCUUUCUCUUCAUUGCAGUCGCUUUGCUUAUUAGACAACCUCUCAGUCCUAAUCGCUUUCGCUAUACCAUGGUUUCACGCAAACUGUACAAUCUCUGCCAGAAGCCGUCUGUGACUUCGGAGUUGGCAAAGGACCCCUCACAAAACCCGCAGAAGGUCUUUCAUAAGCUAUUUGAGGGUCACGGUCAUCAUCUUUCGCAUACGCAUGAUGGUAUAGAGGAAUCAGAGUCGGACAAAGUGUCAAAAUGGGAGGAGUUAGAUGAGCUGCAGAAGGCUCGCGCUUGUGGAAAUUUCGGGUCUACAGAAACAAGUGAGCUCUUUUUGAAGGUGUAUCAUGACGCUCUGUGUGCCUUGGAAAAGAACCCCAUGUCGGGGGUUGUCUCUCCCCCUCUACUAGGGAGCACAGGAGUCUUACCCCUGACAAUUGUCGCCCCAUUACCAGAUCUAUGUCGUCAUUUAGCGAAUUGUAUUGUUCGUGCCGAACAUGAAGUUUUUCUAGGUACGAAUUUUUGGAUCCACUCUGAGGCAUCCACCCUGGUGACGAAUGCCAUCCGCGAGCUGUCGAAAAGAGCGGGGGAAAGAGGCGAGAAGGUAGUGAUGAAGAUGAUCUACGACCGGGGAGAUCCUCGCCAGGCAUGGGAAAAUAGACUCAAUGUCAAAGAAGAGCAGUACGUUGGUGGGAAAGUAAGACUACCUGCAGCCAGCGAAAUCCCCAAUGUCGAUCUGCAGGUCAUCAACUUCCACCGGCCCAUUUUUGGAACAUUCCAUGCGAAAUUCACUGUGAUUGACCGACGCAUGGCUCUGAUACAGAGCAGUAAUAUCCAAGACAACGAUAACCUCGAAAUGCUGUCACAUCUCGAGGGACCCAUUGUUGAUUCCUUCUACGAUGCUGCUUUGCUAUCCUGGGGAAAGCCGCUUGAGCCCCCAUUCCCACUUUUGGUUUCCCCAGCCAAGGAUGCACCCAUACCAUGUCACAAAGAAGCUGGAGAGACGAACGGUCUCUCUACAGAUACUGGAGCCGAGUCUCUACCUGAGCAUACAACUAAAUCUCUACACUACGAUCAGGACUUUGUUCAGGAGGCCCAGAGAGUCAACGGUUGUAUUAAUCCACUAGAAAAUGAGUCACCUACUGAGGCCGUCAGCCGCCAUCUAAAUACCACCAUCCAGCCAGAUACAAAAGGCGACGCACCAGAUAGCGACCAAGACCCCAAAUUCACUCCAUACAUGGUCCUCCCCCGCCACAAGCCUUUCCCAAUGGCAGUAGUAAACAGAGAGCCAUUUGGUUCCCCAAACCACAGCAGCGUCAACACACCCCAAAACUCCGCCUGGCUGUCGGCAAUCAACCACGCCAGCAAAUCCAUCCUCAUCCAGACACCAAACAUGAACGCCGAGCCUCUACUCGAGCCUCUGUUGAACGCAGCUCGCCGCGGUGUCACGGUAACCUGCUACCUAUGCCUCGGCUACAACGACGCAGGCGAGCUCCUCCCAUUCCAGAAUGGCACGAACGAAAUGAUCGCAAAUAAACUGUACAGCUCACUCGAAUCGGACGAGGAGAAGGCCCGUCUACGUGUGCACUACUAUGUUGGCAAGGACCAGACUCGGCCGAUCCACAAUAGUUUCAAGAAGCGGAGCUGUCAUAUUAAGCUUAUGAUUGUUGAUGAGCAGAUUGCUAUCCAGGGUAAUGGAAACCUCGACACGCAGUCGUUUUUCCACAGCCAGGAGAUCAAUGUUCUUAUUGACUCUGGGCUUGUUUGUCGUGCUUGGACGGAGUUGAUUAAUCGGAAUCAGAAUACGGCCGCUUAUGGUGCCGCUAGUCCCAAGGAUGGGUGCUGGCAUGAUCCAAAGACCGAUGAGAUACCACCGGGCUCUAUGGGGCCCGUUCCUGGUCGCUUUAGCUGGGCUAAGGGAGCUAUUGGUGCUGUGCAGAGAGUUAGGGGUGUUGGUGGAUUCUAG